AUGUUUCUGAUCGCGGGGGUAUUUUUCCAACCCUCUACUUUAAACCGUGAAAUGCCCUCACUCCUUUCCUACGCAGCUCAUUAUAUUUGAAGCCUAUCGUUGAAUUAAAGCGCAUCAUUUCUCUUCAGGAUGUUUCAUUCCCUCUUUGUAGUCAUCGUGGGUUUGUGCUACUGCAGCAGUGAAAACAUAACUCUGGACAAUCCAGUGCUUCAAGGCCCCUCUGAGGCUUUAAUUAAGAAAGCUGUAGACUUUCAGUGUUAUGUGCCAAACCCCCCGAAGAAUGAAAGUAUCCUUCUGCAGAUAUACAAGAAGGACGACCGUAAUAAGGUGUUGGGCGAAACCACCUCCCUGGCGGGGGAGACCGUUGUCAUUCCCAUGUUGAUUACACGUUCCCACGGAGGCUUCCUGGAAUGUGAAGCCAGAGCACAGAACAACUCUGAAAUAACGCCCAGUGUCAGCUCCCCACACUAUCUGAAGGUUGUUGAGCCAGUGAAAAAUACUCAGAUCAACAAUUCGGGUCCGGUGGAGGUCCAAGAGGGGAAAAAUCUGCACCUGCAUUGUCACAGCACCGGUACUGAUGUCUCCUACAAGUGGCUGCGCAAUGGUUUGCUCAUCUCUCAGUCUGAUAAUGAGCUCAACAUCUACAGAGUCACUCCUGAAGACAGCGGCUCCUACAUGUGUAUGGCGACAAAUGUGUUCAACAACACACAGGUCUUCACCUCCAACAGCUCUGAAGUUGUAGUCACAAUCAAAGAGCCUGUGGUGAGGACUGACAUCACCUACACCGUGUUAAAGGAUGAUUUCCAAGCUUAUUAUGCCAUGGUGACUUGCAAUUUAAUCAAGGGGCCUGUUCCUGUCAUAUUUACCCUAUAUAACGGAACACAAAGAGUUGACGUUUCCCGGCGUAUCCAUGAGAGGCAUCAUACAUUUAAGGUUCAUCUUAUACCUGGAAAUACAUUAAUGCUGAUGUGCUCAGCAACUAGUGGAGACCAGCGUGGAACGAGUCAGUGGUUGCCUGUAAAAGUUGUCCCAGUCCAUGGCCCUGUGACGGUGUCUUACAAGUAUAGUGUUGGAGAAAACAAAGCUCUCGUCCUGAGGUUCUACUGCAAGGUAGCCAGCGGAUCUCAUCCACGAUACCAGUGGUUCCUUAACAAAACGCUUCUCCAGAAUGAAGGAAGUUUCUACCGCAUCACUGACGAUCCAUCAGAGCAAUCGGUACUGGAGAUGGAGAAGAAGAAAAGGAAACGUGGAAGAUACCACUGUGAAGUGUCAGACAGCUUUGACAACACCACUGCCAUAAGCAGCACGGGAUACCUUGUAAAUGAAGAAGUGCCAAACCAGCUUUCCGCUGUCUUUGUGGCGGCAAUUGUCUUCGGAAGUUUCGCGCUUGCGAUUCUCCUGGUGUCUGCUUGUUGCUGGACUGGAGUAUUACAGAGAUGGAGGCUUUAUGGCAAGACGUCUCUGCGGCUCUUCGAAAUGGAGAGAACAGUAGCUGCAUACGAGGACGAGCUGGAAUUGGCAGCGCUUACUGAGGAUCCUGAUAUAGUGUUGUCAGCUGACGAGGACGCAUUUGAUCAGACAUCUGAGGCCUCUGAAGACGAGUGGCCUCAAAUUGAAAAGGAGAAGAAGACGAUUGAGGACGAACCAGUUCAAACAAUGUUUGCUCUGUAAACAUGCUCUGUUGUGGUUAAAUAAACAUCUUUAGGGGAG